ACAGCAGUGCCGAGUGGCCCACUGUGCUCAAUCUCUAACGGAGAACAGGAGUAUCGCCCCGGCGGACAGUUGCGGUAGCCUUCUGGCUCGGAUAUUUGUCAUUUUCUGGAUUUAUAAAUCACAGAUAAAGUCCGGGAUGCCUUCAAAUAAAAAUAUCCAAGGAGGGAAGGCCUUUGGGCUGUUAAAGGAGCAGCAAAGGCAAAAAUUGGAAGAAAUAAACAAGGAAUACCUGGAAGACCAGAAAUACAGGGAUGAAGAGGACCUGGCUGAAAAAUUGGAGGGUCUCAAAAAUAAAUAUGCUGAGUUUGACCUGAAUGACCAAGGAGAGAUUGAUCUAAUGGGUUUGAAGCGAAUGAUGGAGAAGCUUGGGGUGCCCAAGACCCACUUGGAGUUGAAAAAAAUGAUUGUUGAGGUGACGGGUGGCAGCAGCAACACUAUCAACUACAGGGACUUUGUCAAGAUGAUGCUGGGCAAGCGCUCAGCUGUGCUCAAACUAGUCUUGAUCUUUGAGGACAAAGCCAAUGGCUCUCCCUGCAAACCAGAAGGACCCCCUCCAAAGCGGGACAUUGCUAGCCUGCCUUAAUUGUAGAUGUCAGCCUCCGGACUGCUAGUGGAGCAGAGGGACCUUCAGUGGUUGCUUGAAAUUGAGUCGUUCUCUUAACAUGUGGAGUGUUGUAUUAGUGUGGGACUAGUGAUUAAGGAUGUUAUUUUGUGAUAUACGGUGUGUGCAAGGUGUCUGUUAUUUGGAAGACUAAGACCACAACUCACUAAAUGAUGUUUGACUGUGAAUAUUAUUAUUCAUCUUUUUUCCUUAAUUAAAAUGUAGCAUUGAUAGUUGUACGUGUAAUCUGCUUGAUAAAUUAAGUUUGGUAGUAAGUGUUUCAUGGUUAUAUUUUAAGGGAAGACUCAAAAUUCUCCACAGGUUGUUUUUCCUUCCUUGUGUCUUUGUUUCCUUUUUGAGACGCAUUCGUUUGAACAAAUGUGAGAGUAGGAUGCUUUUGGAGAAGCACAAGGAAAAGAAGCAGUUUUUCCAACACAUUUUUGCACUGUCCUCAGUGGUCUUGGAUGGAUUCCUGCCAGGCUAAUCUUGGUCAGCUUCUCGCUUUAGAUCAGGUGCCAGAGAUUACAGGCCCAGCCCAUUUCCUCUGGGUCAAAGGCGUUAGCCCUUGGAGCCAUAAUACUGAUCUGGAAUCAGUAAAUAGGUUAUCAUGGCCUCCUCAUGGUCUGAAAAAGCUUUUUGUAUAUGACUGUACUCACACUAGUUGAGAAAAGAAUAAGAGAUCAUGUUGACCAUGGGACUUUCAGUUUCAAUAUGUGGCUUGAAGAACAGCGAAUCUGAGUCUGUUUUAGAUCUGUAAGGUUAAGCACAUGCUAAUUUUUGGAAGGAGUGUGAUUUUCAGGCACACAAGCAUAACAAAUGUACAUAAUAUACUACACACAGUACAAUCAUAUUCUUUCCAAGUGCCUCAACAUGCAGAUAUUGUAGAGCUUAAACACAGAUUGAAAAAGGAGGGAGUGCACACACAUUUUCAGUUCAAGCAGUCCUCUUAGCUCACUAAUUCCACAAAACCGUGAAAUAAUGUUCUUUGUUAUUUAGUAUGAUAGUUAACUAUAUUUGUUGAAUUAUAUUGAUAUGGUGUUUCCACAACAUUCUGAGUGAGUGAAGUUCACAUUUUUUUAAAUGUAAUUUUUUCCCUUUUUCUUACCAUAAUUUUUUUACAUCACAGCGACCUGUUUAUUGGGUGAUUUGACUGUUUAGGUUACCCUAUACUUGUCUUGCAAUUCAUACAUGUGUUUAUUAAUUUCUCUUUGUCUUGGAUUCAUCUCUUCUCCCCCAUUUUUUUUUCACCAGCCAGCCAUUCCUCUCUGUUUAACUGGGUUCAUUGUCCUGUGAAUUCUGUGAUUUGUGCCUCACUGUUUGUCUCUCCAGUUUAAAUUUUCCUGUAACUCACACUAUUUACUGUGAAUUUGGUACUCGUAGUAUUUUUAACCCACUUAACAUGUUUAUGUAAACUAUUAUGUUAUUUUGUUUUCAGUCUGAUAGGUAUAUUACAUCUUUUAUUGUUGUUAAGAUGCACAUUGUUUGCAGACACCAAAGGAAUUAAAAGUCUUCUUACACUGG